CGUUGGGCGUCAGGGGCGGGUUCUUGCCGUCAUGUCGGCAGGAGGCUUGCUGGAGAAGCCGCAGAUCAUCGCGCAUACACAACACAGCUUGAAUUACACUGUAUUCGAUUGCAAAUGGGUGCCCUGCAGCGCUCGCCUCCUUUGCUUGGGCAAUUUCCCGCGCGGCACCGGCGUCAUUCAGCUCUACGAGCUGCAAGGCGGCCGCCUCGUCCUCCUCCGUGAAAUUGAAAAAUCACGACCUAUUAAAUGUGCAACCUUUGGGGCUGCUUCUUUGCAACAAAGAUACUUAGCUACUGGAGAUUUUGGUGGAAAUUUAAAUAUAUGGAAUUUGGAAGCUCCAGAAACACCAGUAUAUUCUGUGAAGGGGCAUAAAGAAAUCAUAAAUAGCAUUGAUGGAGUUGGUGGUCUGGGGAUUGGUGAAGGAGCCCCAGAAAUUGUGACAGGAAGUCGUGAUGGGACAGUGAAAGUUUGGGACCCAAGACAAAAAGAUUUUCCAGUUGCCAAUAUGGAACCAGCACAAGGAGAGAGUACAAGAGAUUGCUGGACAGUUGCAUUUGGCAAUGCAUAUAGUCAAGAAGAACGGGUUGUAUGUGCUGGUUAUGACAACGGGGACAUCAAGUUGUUUGACCUUAGGAAUAUGACAUUACGAUGGGAGACCAACAUUAAGAAUGGGGUCUGUAGUGUUGAAUUUGACAGGAAAGAUAUAAAUAUGAACAAAUUGGUGGCUACAUCGCUUGAAGGAAAAUUUCAUGUUUUUGAUAUGAGAACUCAGCAUCCAACUAAAGGUUUUGCUUCUGUUUCGGAGAAGGCUCACAAGUCCACUUUGUGGCAAGUUCGGCACUUACCACAGAACAGAGAUAUCUUUGUGACAAGUGGAGGAGCUGGAAACCUUCAUCUCUGGAAAUAUGAGUACCCUGCACAGCGCUCUAAGAAGGAUUCAGAAGGAACAGAAAUGGGAGUAGCGGGUUCAGUUAGCCUUUUACAGAAUGUGACAUUAUCAACCCAGCCAAUUUCGAGUCUUGACUGGAGUCCUGACAAACGUGGUCUGUGUGUCUGUAGCUCAUUUGACCAGACUGUGAGAGUACUCAUAGUCACAAAAUUGAACAAAAUUUGACAGGAUUUCUAACAGUAAAAAACUUCCAACUGUGUCCUUGAACAAACUCGGAACUUUAUUGAGAAGACACAAGAUGUGAAAAAGUUUUCAUCAACUGUGGAUUUUACAUUUCUAGAAAAUGCACUUGUAGUUUAACAUAUUAAGUCCUAUUCACUGUUAUAGAUGUUUUCAAAUCCAAGCUACCUUACGCUUAUAGUAGAAUUAUUGCAAUGUAAUCAACUUUCUUUAAAUGAAUUAUUUUAAUUAUUUUGAAUUCGUAAGUACUAAUACCCUGUGUUUUGGAUUACACUGACUAAAAUUUGAACAGCUGUUUUAAUAGAUUAGAUUUGUUCUUUUGUUAUUGACUACCUGUUUAAACAUUAACAUAUGUGUUCAGAUCAGUAAAUAUUGUGCCUUUAAAAACAAAUGUCCUUAAAAUGUGCGAUUGAGAUAUAGAUGUUAAUCAGAUUUAUGUCAUUUAAAUAUAUAGAUGUAAUUUAUCUGAUAUGUUUAUAUAAUUGUUAAUAGGGUCAAAUAAAAAUUGUAUUUUUUGGAUUAUUUAAGUA